UUGGAAUCAACAGAGCAACAGCAACACACAGCAUCACAAGAUGAAGGCAGGACGAUUGGCACUGGGCUUCCUGGCGAUAAGCCUUUGCAUUUGGCUAACCAACGGGGCCUCUUCGACCACCAGCACGGAGUCAUCGACGAGCACGACCACAACCACCGCGUCCAGUGACACCACUUCGACGACGACGGCCUCCACCACAACCACCACCACCACGUCCUCUUCGACCUCGAAGAAACAUCGCAAGAGAUUCACGAUCUCGAACCUCAAGUACUCGAUAAAGCGCAAGAUCAAGGUCAACAGGAAUAGCACCUCCAGUUCCAAGAGCAAGAGCAAAAAGAGGAGCAAGUCCUCCAGACGCGCCAAUGUCCGCCGAAUCAAUAGGUUGCUCAGACGCCGCAAUCAGGGAUAA